AUGUCAGACGACGAAGCCGAUCCCGAGUUGCUCGCGCUCCUGCGCAAAUCCCUCGGCUUGGAUGGGGGUCCGGCAAACCCUCUGGCAGCCGAGACUAAGGUUCUAGAGAAUGCGCAAUAUGUUUUCGACAAUGCCAUCGACGUCGCCCUGAUCCCGUCCAACGUCAAGGCCGCUGCCGAAAUGAUAUGGCGCCAGAUGCAGAAGAAAGGUUACUCCACGCAAACGUGGUCGGAACAUGAAUUGCAUCCCAAGACCAAGGACGAGGCCACCGUCGAUUUCGUCUUCACCAUGGACCUGCUCAAUUUCAGUUUCUGGUCUGAGUUGCCGAGUGAGAAACGCUUCGCCAUUGAGUAUCGCGGACGGAAAUGGACCGGCUACUGGAGUUUAGUUGCUGCUCUGCAGAGAGCCCUGGAGGAAGGGAUCCCAAUUACGACCCCGGAAUUUUGGGCCAACGAGGAUGAAUGCACCGAGGAAUUGCUCAGGCAUGUCUUCAGGUCUGCAACCGACGAGGAAAUCCCUUUGCUCAAGGAGCGACUCGAGUGUCUGCAGGAGGCCGGACGUAUCUUGUGCAAGGACUUUGAUGGAAGCUUCUUGAACUGUAUAUACAGCUCCAGCCGCUCUGCCCCGGCUCUCGUGAACCUUCUGGCGGAGAACUUUCCUUGCUUUCGUGACGAGACCAGCUUCCAGGGGCGGAGGGUCCGUCUGUACAAGCGCGCGCAGAUCCUCAUCGCCGAUUUGUGGGCUUGCUUCAAUGGCGAAGGAUUCGGUGAAUUCCACGAUAUCGAUAAAAUCACCAUGUUUGCCGACUAUCGGAUCCCUCAAAUGCUGCACCAGCUGGGGUGUCUCAGAUACUCGCCUCCUCUCGAGAGCCACAUCCGCAGCCAAAAGAUGAUCCCCAGUGGGUCGACAUGGGAAGUGGAAUUGCGCGCAACGAGCAUCUGGUGCGUCGAGCUAAUCCGACGAGAGAUCGAACUGCGUCAUCCAGAGGCCAAAGAAUUGCUGGUCCCCGCCCCGGUCCAUGACAGCAAGUCAGAUGGUCCUUCUCAGUAUCUAGAGACCCCUGAUAUGAGGGCCGAACAAGAGAAAUGCAGUACUCAGAAACGUCGUCAGAAGAGUGUGCACGAGAUCAAGGGCCCGGGCCUCAACGCCAUUUUCAUAGAUUUCUUCCUUUACGACACGAUGAAAGAGUUGGAAAGCGAUGGACAGGAGUCGAUUCCUCAUCACCGAACCCGGAGUAUCUGGUACUAA